AUGGAAAAUACUCUGCAUUUCGUGAUUGGAAUUUUUGGCAAUGCUUUUGCUUUGUUCCUCUUCUUGGCACCAUUGAUCACAUUCAAGAGGAUCAUAAAGAAAAGGUCUACAGAAGAGUUUUCAGGCAUACCUUAUGUAAUGACCUUGCUCAACUGCUUACUCUCCGCAUGGUAUGGUAUGCCUUUUGUGUCACCUAACAACCUGCUAGUGUCGACUAUCAACGGAACGGGUGCUGCAAUCGAGUCUGUAUAUGUGCUGAUCUUUCUCAUAUUUGCAUCGAAGAAAGAAAAGGGCAAGAUCUUGGGACUGCUUACACUCGUUCUGAGUGUUUUUGCAGUUGUUGCAUUUGUUUCCCUCUUUGCUCUCAAUGGCAAACACCGGAAGCUUUUCUGUGGUAUUGCAGCCACUGUCUUCUCCAUCAUUAUGUAUGGCUCGCCUUUGACAAUUAUUAGGCUAGUUAUCAAAACGAAAAGCGUGGAAUUCAUGCCAUUCUUCUUGUCAUUAUUCGUGUUCUUAUGUGGUACUUCCUGGUUUAUCUUUGGCCUGCUUGGAAAGGACCCUUUUGUUGCUAUUCCCAACGGUUUUGGCAGUGGACUAGGAACAGUGCAACUGAUUUUAUACGCCAUUUACCACAACAACAAAGGGGAGACAAGGAAAUCCCGUGCUGAUGGAUCCCUCAAGAUGGAGUCGAGCAAUGGCGAGAAGCCAUCUAACACACAAGAUGAACGAGUCUAG